GUUCGAUUAAAGUUCAGUGUCCUUGGUCGUCCAUAUUUUGCAGAAGUCACCUUUCGAAAGUAUAAGUUCAUAUAAAUGGCAACAAUAUUUGCUAGAUCCAGUUCUAUUAUGCCGCAUUUGUCGGCAACCCAUUUGUCCGUCACGAGUCUGAAACCAUUGUUACCUUUAGCGACCGUGAAAGCAGAACAAGCCGUUUUCUCUCCUAAUACCAGCAAGGAUAUUGCUUCUAAGAACCAGAGUGUGUUGUGGAAACAGAAUUUCGCAUCCAGUGGUCUUAACUCCACCCAAGUGCGUUUUGCGCAUACAGAUAUAGCUAAGGUACCCGACUUUUCCGCCUAUAGGAAAGACUCUGUCAAGUCACCAAAUGCUCGAAACCAGCAGACUGACUUGCCCAGAAAGGCGUUUACGUAUUUAGUAGUUGGAGGAGGAGCUGUAGCAACCACUUAUUCAGCAAAGUCUGUUGUAACGCAAUUUGUUAUGUCAAUGGCGGCUUCUGCUGAUGUUCUCGCUCUAGCCAAGAUUGAAGUAAAAUUGGGAGACGUUCCUGAGGGAAAGAGCGUGACAUUCAAAUGGAGAGGAAAACCAUUAUUCGUCAGGCAUAGGACAGCAGAGGAAAUAGAGCAAGAACGCCAAGUUGAUGUGGCAUCCCUCCGUGAUCCUCAACACGACGAUGAUAGAAUUCAGAAACCUGAAUGGUUAGUUUUGAUUGGAGUCUGCACUCAUUUAGGUUGCGUUCCUAUUGCCAAUGCCGGCGAAUACGGAGGUUAUUAUUGUCCAUGCCACGGAUCCCAUUACGAUUCCUCUGGUAGAAUUCGUAAAGGCCCUGCACCAUUGAAUUUAGAAGUUCCCCAAUACGAAUUUGUCGAUGAUGACACUUUGUUAGUUGGUUAA